AUGGACAAUCAUCAUUUACGAGGUAUUCUAUUAAAACUUCAAGAUCGUCUAAGUGAUAAUGAUCGUAAGCGUUUGCAUUUCUUUCUUGGCAAUGAUAUUCCACGACGAAUUCGAGAUGAUCCAUCACUUAGCGGUACACUUAGUCUUAUGGAAUCUCUCUUUGAUCAAGAUAAAAUCAAUGAAUAUGAUUUCACUUUUCUCAUAAAUGCCUUCAAUGAAAUUCAAUGCAUCGAUGCUGCUAAAGUUUUAAAAGAACAACAAUUAAGAAUUAAUCAGACAAUAAAUCAACUCAAUCAUCAAAUAAAAGAUCUUGAGAACGAGAAAAGUACCGCAUUAAUCAAAGCUGGUCAAAAGUUUGGUGGUACUGGAGGUGAUCCGUUCGAUGAUUCAUUGACAGAAAAUUUUACAUGCUCCCAUUAUCUUAGUGGAAUAAUUAUUAGGAAUAAUGGUAUGUCUCUCGAUUGGAUUCAGUUUCCCUAUUCAUCUUCGUAUAAUCAAAACAGUGUGAUUGAAGCAAAAGUUCAUGGUAUUCAGGAGAAAGGCGAAGUCUCACGAUUUCUACUCGAGAAAGAUGAAAAAAUAUAUAAGAUUCAAGUGAAAUUAAGUAAUGUAACAUUAUAUUGGCAAGAUGGUACACUAUUUUCAACAAUAUUAAUACGAGGAUUGCAAAUUUUUACUACCAAAGGUCGAGCAAGUCAGUCUUACGAUCAUGUAGAAGGUGACGUUUUCACCGAACAAUUCGAUGGAUAUACAUUGGCUUAUGCAACCGGAAGAGAAGGAAGGUAUAUAGAUCAAUUACAAUUCUAUUGGUAUCGAACAGUAGUCACACAUUAG